ACCAAUAGCAGCUCACUCCUCGCUCCCGCACGAACCGGAGCAACCGGCAGACUACGGGGCGGGCCCUUUAGCCUCGGUUUGGUUCCUGGAGUCCCAGCCGCAGAUUCGCUCGGCAACGCGGACAGAGCCGGUUCUGUCACGUCAGGAAUCGCGGGUGAAGUUCUCCACGGGUGGAGAGAAGACGUUGAGACACAGGCCGCGCUGGGCUCCCUCAGGGGCUCGUGCGCACUCCCGGUUUCGGCCUCUCCAUGCAGGAAAUGAAUCUGCUGCCGACGCCCGAGAGUCCAGUGACUCGGCAGGAGAAGAUGGCGACCGUGUGGGAUGAAGCUGAGCAAGAUGGCAUCGGGGAGGAGGUGCUCAAGAUGUCCACAGAAGAGAUCGUCCAGCGUACACGGCUGUUAGACAGCGAGAUCAAGAUCAUGAAGAGUGAAGUAUUGCGAGUCACCCAUGAACUCCAAGCCAUGAAAGACAAAAUCAAAGAGAAUAGUGAGAAAAUCAAAGUGAACAAAACCCUGCCGUACCUUGUCUCCAAUGUCAUUGAGUUGCUGGACGUUGAUCCCAAUGACCAGGAAGAGGAUGGUGCCAAUAUUGACCUGGACUCGCAGAGGAAGGGCAAGUGUGCAGUGAUUAAAACUUCUACCCGACAAACGUACUUCCUGCCAGUGAUUGGGUUGGUAGAUGCAGAAAAGCUGAAGCCAGGAGACCUGGUGGGUGUGAACAAAGACUCCUAUCUGAUCCUGGAGACCCUGCCCACUGAAUAUGACUCUCGGGUGAAGGCCAUGGAGGUGGAUGAGCGGCCCACAGAGCAAUACAGUGACAUCGGGGGCCUGGACAAGCAGAUCCAGGAGCUGGUGGAAGCCAUUGUCCUGCCUAUGAACCACAAAGAGAAGUUUGAGAACUUGGGUAUCCAGCCCCCAAAAGGAGUGCUGAUGUAUGGGCCGCCUGGUACAGGGAAGACUCUACUUGCCCGAGCCUGUGCUGCUCAGACCAAGGCCACGUUCUUGAAGCUGGCAGGCCCUCAGCUGGUGCAGAUGUUUAUUGGAGACGGUGCCAAGCUGGUUCGUGAUGCCUUUGCCCUGGCCAAGGAGAAGGCACCAUCUAUUAUCUUCAUAGAUGAAUUGGAUGCCAUUGGUACCAAGCGCUUCGACAGUGAAAAGGCAGGGGACCGAGAGGUGCAGAGGACCAUGCUGGAGCUUCUGAACCAGCUGGAUGGCUUCCAGCCCAACACUCAAGUAAAGGUAAUUGCAGCCACUAACAGGGUGGACAUCUUGGACCCUGCCCUGCUGCGCUCAGGCCGCCUGGACCGCAAGAUUGAGUUUCCAAUGCCCAACGAGGAGGCCAGAGCCAGAAUCAUGCAGAUCCACUCACGGAAGAUGAAUGUCAGCCCUGAUGUGAACUAUGAAGAGCUGGCUCGUUGCACUGAUGACUUCAAUGGGGCCCAGUGCAAGGCUGUGUGUGUGGAGGCGGGUAUGAUUGCACUGCGCAGGGGUGCCACGGAGCUUACUCACGAGGACUACAUGGAGGGCAUCCUGGAGGUUCAGGCCAAGAAGAAAGCCAACCUACAGUACUAUGCCUAGGGACACCUCUAGUCUGUCCGCUGGUCUGUAGGCUAAAGUUGAUAAUAAAAGGUGUUUUCUGUUCCUUGCCACA